GUUAGACUAAGUACCUAUUUAAUCUUCUAUUAUGUUAAUCUUUGUACCACCUAUAUAAUUGUGUUAUUCCUUCAAAUAUAGUAGUAUUAUUCGAGCAUUCACUCGUUUCAUUUACCUGACUACGUCACACCCUUAUAUGGCGACCCUGCCUAUGGAAUCUUCCACCGCGCCGCGAAUUUGAGACGUUACUCGUGUAAUCGUUAAUAAGGACAAUGGAAAAGUACCAGUUCUAUCUUUGUUUCGGACUAAACGCUAGUGUACACGUGAAUAAAAAAUUUCACAAAAAUAAUGGGCUCCCCACAGUCUAAAGAAGAAACCCUGGUCAUCCAGAAUGCUGCGGCUGGCGAUAAUAAAGCAACUACAGAACAAAUUCGUUUUCAUAUGAGCACUACAAAUAUUAUCCUGUGUGUUAUCCUGUUAAUUAUACUGUGUGGCGUGCUGUUCUUCAUAUAUCGACUAUAUAGAAAAUGCCAUAGAAAAUGGAUUGUUAAGGAGAUAAAUCGGGCGACUAUAAGAAGAUCACUUUUCCGGCGACAGUUGGAAGACCUUAACCCACCCCAAAAAAUCUAUUCAAAAGAAAUGGUGUAAAAAAUAAAUAAAAAUAAAAGUGCAUAAAUAUAUUUCAAAAGUGAAAAUUUAUUAUAUAAAAAUAAAUAUUAAAAAAAAAAAAGUGAAAAUAAUAAAAUACAAUAAUCUACUUAAAAAAAAAAAAAAAAAGUAUCUUAAAUAUAUAAUCAAAUAUCCUAAUAAUAAUUUUAUGUACGAGAUAUAGGUCACCGGUAAGGAAUGCAGCGACUUUCCAUAUACGGACGGACGGAUGAUGCACUGUGACUGAACUUUGGACUUGAUAGUGUUAAUUGUAAUCGCGAUUAUAUUUUAAAGUCUAUUUUUAUUUAUUUUUUAAUGUGUUAUGUUCUUUAUGUGCACAGGUACAAGAAUAUUUUACUCUACGUUAUGGUGGUAAGUGACUAAUGGAAACUAUUAUAUCAUUGUAUGAGGAAUUAAAGAAAAUUAGAGUAUAUUUAAUUAAAUUAGGAGCCAGUCGAAGAACGGAAAAAGUGUUAGUAAACAAAUUAAAUGAGAUUAAUGCAAUCUAUGAGAAAUAUGAGACGUGGCUGAUAGGUUUUGAAGAAAAACUUAAGAGAAAAUAUUAUAGUUCGGAUGAUAUUAUAUUAAUCAAAAAUUAUUGUAGUCGAUUUUUAGAGUUACAUGAAAAUAUUUUAGUGUUGUGUAAUAGUGAUAAGCCGAAGUCAUCGUUCAACAUGAAUUCUUUUGAUUUAAAAACGGCGUUAAAUCUUUUACCUAUUAUGACAAAUGAGGAGUCGAAUACAAAACAGUUGAUUGAUAACAUUGAAUAUUAUAAUACUUUAUUGAAAGAAGAUACAUGUAAACAAAAUUUAAUUAAUUUCGUAUUAAAAAGUAGGCUUUCUCCUGAAGCUAAGUUAAAAUUAAAAUCAAAAUAUGAAUCAGUUAAUGAGUUAAUUAUUGAUAUGAGAAAUGUAUUAUUGUGUAAGAAAGCUGCAACGGCAAUACAAAAUAAAUUACAAAAAAUUAGACAAAAUGACUUGUCAAUUGCUGACUAUGGUAAAGAAAUAACGGAACUAUUUGUUGAUUUAACGAUAACGCAAGCUGACGGGAAUGAUCAAUGCUAUAAAAUAUUAAAACCUAUUAAUGAAAAAAUGGCUGUUAAGCAAUUUGCUGACGGCUUGCGUAAUCGUCGACUUAGUACGAUUAUUUCUGCCAGGAAUUAUAGUUCACUUAAAGAUGCUGUACAGGCAGCCCAAGAUGAAGAAGUAUCAAUUCCUUCAACAUCUGGAGAAAUCAUGGGUAUGUACAAGAAACCAUACCAUAAUAAAUAUUUCAACAAUGGUUCAAAUUAUUAUAGAAGCUGGCGUGGAGGACGUUGCCGCUAUCCUGUACAUAGAGGAAGAGCUCGAGGACAGCAAGCAGCUCAUCUAGCUUCUCGAGGACAAGGGUCACGAGGUCAGUACACGCGAGGAAGUAGCGGAGGUCCACAGCAGAGAGGUAAAUUUUUUAAUUCAACUAGAGGAAAUCAAGGGAUGCGUAAUAAUCGUAAUAUUCAUUUAAUGCAUGAUAAUGAUAAUAAUAAUUUCGAAAAAUUUGAAGAGUCAGAACUUUCUUUGAAUCAGUUUUUUCGUGAGGAAUAGUGAAAAAUUUAUUUUAGCCAGUGAUAGUAAUUGUUAUAUUUCUUUACUUUCAUCAUCAUGUAAUAAUUAUAACAAAAAAUAUUUUUUAGUAGAUUCUGGAGCAUCAAUAUCGGCAUGUACGUAUAAACAUGCUAUAGAAUGUAACAUUCCAAUCCAUAAGGAGAAUGUAACAAUCAACGGUUUAGGUGGAAGUGUACAAGCAAUAGGAUACUUAUUUUUACCAUUAACUUUUAAUAAUGAAACAUUCAAUCAUAAGUUUUUUGUUUUUCAAAAUUUACCAAUUAAAGGAAGUGGAAUUUUAG